AUGGACUUCACUAAAUACUUCUCGUUCCAGAUAUUUUUCAUUUUUUUAAGGGAGUCUCUAGAAAUCUUUAUAAUUAUAUCCAUCUUACUUACGAUUGUGAAACAAGCAUUAUCCCUGGAGGAUGCCAACGAAGAAACCCCAUUUUUAGGAUCAGCAACUACCACUGCUGUACCAGAACAACCAUCCGGUACAUCUCAUGCAGUAGAACCUGAUCAGAAUCAAAUUAAUCAAUUAUCAGUGGAAGAAGAGGAGGAACUUUAUGACUUCCCCACAGCAAUCCAAGAUAUAGACCAAGAAACCGCAAUUACAACACAAAAGGAUAAUUCAAGAAUAUACUCUAAAUUGAAAUUACAAAUCAUAACAGGAGGAACCCUUGGAUUGAUAUUAUGUCUUAUAAUCGGAGGUGGUUUCAUCGUCAUAUUCUACAAUCUCGGUUCUGAUAUCUGGUCCCUAAGUGAACAUUAUUAUGAAGGUAUCUUGAGUAUAGUUGCAUCCUCAAUUAUCUCCAUAAUGGGACUAUUCUUUUUAAGAAUGGGGAAAUUAAGAGACAAAUUCAGAAUCAAAUUAGCAUCCAUUAUAUAUUCAGAUAAAGGGAAACAAAUGUUUCGUAAAAAUAGUGAAAAUGCUGUGAAAUUCACUGAGAAAUAUGCUUUCUUUAUCUUACCAUUUGUCACGACAUUAAGAGAAGGUUUGGAAGCCGUGGUUUUUAUUGGAGGCAUUGGUAUCGACCAACCUUUAACAUCUAUUCCCUUAUCCAUGUUGUCAGCUGUAUUGAUUAGUGGGAUAUUUGGGUUCUUCUUUUUCAAGUAUUCAAGUUCUUUAUCAUUAAAGAUUUGUUUGGUUGUAACUACUUGUUUCCUUUAUUUGAUUGCAUCAGGGUUGUUUUCUAAAGGUGUUUGGCAAUUAGAAUUACAAGAUUACGUCAAUAAAUGUAAUGGACAAGAUAUGAGUGAAGUGGGUAAUGGGCCCGGUUCUUAUGAUAUCUCGAAAUCUGUUUGGCAUGUUAAUUGUUGUAAUGGUGAAAAAGAUGGAGGUUGGAUGAUUUUAACUGCAAUCUUUGGUUGGACUAACAGUGCCACUUACGGUUCUGUAAUAAGUUAUAUACUUUAUUGGUUGGGAUUAAUUGCAGUAACCAAUGUACUAAUGAUCGAAGAAAAAAUGGGAUAUAUCCCAUUCUUACCAAUCGGCUGGCAAAAGAAACGUAUAGUGAAAAGAUUCAAGAUGACUAAAGGUGCUUUAGACCUUUCCCAUAACGGUAGGACACAGGAAGUUGGGGAAUCAUCCGACGAUCGUCCUUCAAAAGAUAGUACUGCACCUUUGAUUCGUGAUCAUUCUAAUAUUCAAAAUGACUAA